CCCUUAUUUUAGGCUGAUGUCCACAGCCGCGCUCAUCUAUUCCUCAUCAAACCAAAUAUCUGUUCUCAGCUCGGUUGUCUAACAGUUCCAGGAAGAAAAAAAAAAAAGCCAGUAGCAGUCAACGUUUUACUUCAGGACAGAAUGCCUUUUGGAGGAGGAAACAAGUGCGGCUGCUGCCAGAAAACUGUCUUCUUCGCCGAGGAAGUGCAGUGUGAAGGGAAGAGCUGGCAUAAAUCCUGUUUUCUUUGCAUGGUCUGCAAGAAGAACUUGGACAGCACGACGGUGGCCGUGCAUGGAGACGAGAUCUACUGCAAGUCGUGCUAUGGCAAGAAGUAUGGGCCAAAAGGCUACGGCUUUGGAGGCGGAGCCGGCACCCUGAGCAUGGACACGGGUGAAGGACUCGGAAUCAAGCCUGAAGUACAAGCUCCUCAUAAACCUACGAAUAAUCCCAACGCUUCCAAGUUCGCCCAGAAAGCAGCGGGAUCAGAAGUGUGUCCACGAUGUGGGAAAACCGUGUAUGCAGCGGAAAAGGUCAUUGGGGGAGGCAAUUCAUGGCAUAAGGGCUGCUUUCGCUGUGCCAAGUGUGGUAAAGGCCUGGAGUCCACAACCCUUGCUGACAGGGAUGGAGAGAUCUACUGUAAAGGGUGCUACGCAAAGAACUUUGGCCCGAAAGGCUUCGGCUUUGGUCAGGGUGCAGGAGCUCUGGCUCAUUCGCAGUGAAGCUGGAGGCCGGAGUGACAUCUGGUGUGCUCUGAUAUUGCAGCUUCCCGGGUCUUUGCAUCGAUAUCUAACCUUUUUUCUAUGUUCCGAUUUUAUCCUCUCACGUUGUGCUGUUAGUAAGCAAUGAAGCAUGAAAGAAGUGGCUUUUUCUACACAUUUACCAGGCAGACUGGAGUGCUUUAAAUGGUGGCACAUGUGUUCACCAUUAUAAAAAAAAAAUAAAUAAAUAAAAAUGUGUCUGUAUUUGAAUGAGCAUGUUAUGUGCUUCACUUUAGUGUUUAACAAUCUAGCAUGAAAAUUAAAGAUUACACGUGCAAUGCAAA